UGUGUAUCCGUCAAGAUCAGUCCAUGACAUUUAAUUUGAAAAAAGAAUAUAAAAUACUCAAGAUGUCAACUCUAAUAACAAUGCUGUUAUUAGCGACGAUUCUUUUGUUGGCUGCUUCACCAAUAAAUGCGAAUCCAACAAGAGCUAAUUACGAGACGAGAAAUAAAGCAUAUUAUGGUGACACGUCAAUCACAUUUGGAUUUACAACUCCUUCAAAGUGUAAUGGAAAUUUUUAUUUGGGCACUCCAAUCACGCCUGAUUACAAGGCCACAGAAGAUGAAAUUGCUAAGAUAUAUCUUCGUAUAGAAGCUAACUCCAAGGAUCAUGUGUACACUUUACUAGAACGUCUUGUAUUUACCGAUUGCCUGGUAAGUGUCACUGUCGAUAGCUGUCAACAACUUAUCAAUUCGUGGACCUUCGAUGGUGGAAUUCCCCCCAUGAAAACUAAGUUGAAGACUUGCUUGUACACCUUGGCAGAACAUACUGUAAUUUCAAAGUUCCUGAAAGAUAAAGCUGAGUACUAUUAUAAACAUCAAAAAAUGUCAAGUUUCCGUGAUUUCACAAAAGAAGAUUACUCAGCUGCAGAUUAUGAAAUUACCAAAAUGAAAGCCAAGUUAGAGAAUGGUGAGUAUUUUUUAACAGAAAGUAAGGCAAUUUCCAUGUACCUGGAAAAUCGAGCUAAGUACAUGGAAGGUCAACCAAUUUCAAGUUUUAAUGAUCUCCAAGAAACAGAUUGCAUAGCUACAGAUGACCAAAUUAAAGAUAUAAGAUAUAAUAUGAGGAAAGGUAGAUAUUCUUCACCAGAAUGUGCCGCAAUUUCUAAGUACAUAACAAUUACAGUUCAGUACAAUAAUCGUCGAGCAGAGUAAAUAACCCAAAUGAACACAGUAAUAAAUUUUAAGUUUUUAAUUCAGCUAAAUUUAUAAUACAUAAAUUUAAAUAUAAUAAAUAAAAAGAAAAAAAAAACAAACCAAUAUAAUUGCAAAACAGUGGGCAAUGUCCCGAUAAAAAAUAAAAAAUUAUCAAUUCAUAAAUGUAAUUAAAAUUAAGA